UUCGGGUUGCUUCUAAAAGUGACGCCCGGGCGAAGCGCAAAAAAGCGUUCGCAAUGCGGGUGCCAUCACGCGACUGAGAAUGUCACUGAAUCAACCAGGCAGAAUGCCAUCGAGUCACCGAGCAACACAAACAACAACACCAAACCAAGCAAACCAUGGUGGGAACCAUUCCAGACGACAUCCGCACCGAUGUGGAAAACCACAACUCACACCAAGAACAACAAAUAAUUUCGGAUACAACAACAACGAGUAUCCCUCAGACACCAACCACACCAUCCGGCAAGGCGAUGAUGAACUUUCCUGCCGUGGUGACUCCUUUGCAGUAUCCUCUAGUGUCUCGACGCAACAGCAGUGGUAGUAGUAGUGGUCGGAAGCGAUCCGCGAUACAGCAGUAUGGUGGUGGUCCAGAGGAGGAAGAAUAUUAUGAUGAGAACCGUCAGGAUGAAGAUUCCUUGCCGCCGCGACCUUCCCAGGACACGCGACGGGUCUCGCCAAGAUCAUCACCUAUUGCUGUCCUCAAGCUGCGACGAACCAACCUGUUUCCGGAAGAGGAAGGAAAAGGACCCAUCACUGUCACCUACAGUCCAUCCUAUGAUUCCUACGAUACCAUGUCUCGAGAUGAUUUCUCCUCUCGAUCAUCAUUGGCCAACUCCAUGUUUCUGGUGUCUCCACUGCGUCCCCUGUCACGUCAACGCAUUAGUGUUCCUCCUCCGUUCACAAAGAGCCUUCGGGCAUCCCUCAUUGAUUCUUCCGAAUCCAUUCUACGACCGCUCACACCGCGCAACAAAAGUCACCAACCCAAGCGCAGCCUCAGUGAUGCCGUGUUACUUGAGCAUGAUGAUGACAACAGCAACAACAUCAAGGAUCAAGCAGACAUCAAUGCCACUCACAGCACAGACUUUUCAACAUCCCGCGCACAAAAACAAACACAGCAAUCCGCCAAGACAGAGCAAGAAGAAGCCAAGAACCAGUGGCUGAUUCCAGCGGAACAUCCCUACAAAAUUCUAUGGGAUGUUCUCACGUUUUGUCUGUCCUUUGCCAACGCCUUGGCAACACACAAUGCCAUUGUCAGACGACAAUUUGGAGACUCCUGGUUCAUGACAUUCUGUGAAGCAUGGUUCAUGAUGGACAUUCUACUCAACUUUUUCACGGAAUACCGCAGUGACACAUACAUUAUUCGAGACAGCCGCAGUGUCUGCGCACGCUAUCUCACCACAUGGUUUGUCAUUGAUGUCUUGAGUCUCUUUCCCGGAGAAGUCGUCUACUUGAAACCCAUUAUUGAUCGACAAAACAAACGAAACUUUUUCCAAAAGAACUUUUUCCGAUCCAAGGCGGUGGUUCGAGUCACACGCAUCUUGCGAGGACGACAUUUCAAAAUGUUUAGCAAGGCGUCCAAGCACACCAAACAUGCCGGUGUCGGUGCGGCUCGACUGCUCCAAUUACUCAUCAAAUACAUUCCCAAGUACCUGCUCUUUGUUCGCAAUAUGAAGGGCGUCCUGGCAUUGCGCAUGUUGCGACAAAUUCACUGGUUUCGAAAGGUGUGGCGCAACUUUAUCGCACCCGGACUUUCCGAUGAAGCGGUGCAACCGGAGCCUCCCGUCAGUCUCCGGAAACUGCGACGUGAGUACAAUGAAGACGAAGACGGUGCUCCCUUUUAGAACAAUCCUUCCUCCCUUCCUCCUCCCGAUAGAAUAUUAUCACCACCACAAUCAUCUCGAGACACUAUGUCCUUGUUUCUCCCACUGUAUCUUAGGUAUUGCUCCGGGCUUAUGCACAGACCGGGCUUUCUGUUCUCUUGGACACCACAAUAGUAUGUAUGUGUAACAACUAACUAGAAGAAUGUCAACUGUAUC